AUGGAGGCCUUCCAGGAGGUGUUUCAGAAGGUGGAGAAGAUCGGGGAGGGUACCUACGGCGUGGUGUACAAGGCUCGCAACAAGCGCACGGGGCAGCUGGUGGCCCUCAAGAAGAUCCGCUUGGACUCGGAGACGGAGGGCGUCCCCAGCACCGCGAUCCGAGAAAUCUCACUGCUGAAGGAGCUGAAGCACCCCAACAUAGUCAGGCUCCUGGAUGUCAUACACAGCCAGAAGAAGCUCUAUCUGGUGUUUGAGUAUCUGAAUCAGGACCUGAAGAAAUACAUGGACUCAUCCCAAACUGGAGAGCUUCCUUUAAGCUUGGUCAAGAACUACCUUUUCCAGCUGCUGCAGGGUGUGAGCUUCUGCCACUCGCACAGAGUCAUCCACAGGGACUUGAAGCCACAGAACUUGCUCAUUAACGAAGCAGGAGCAAUCAAGCUGGCUGAUUUUGGACUGGCAAGAGCUUUUGGAGUCCCCCUGCGCACAUACACUCACGAGGUGGUGACUCUGUGGUACCGAGCCCCUGAAAUACUGCUGGGAUGCAAAUACUAUUCGACUGCUGUGGACAUCUGGAGCAUUGGCUGCAUCUUUGCAGAAAUGGUGACCAGGAAGGCCCUGUUUCCAGGGGACUCCGAGAUCGACCAGCUUUUCCGGAUCUUUCGCACCCUGGGCACUCCCACCGAGGUGACCUGGCCUGGGGUGACCCAGCUGCCUGACUUCAAGGGGGACUUUCCCCGCUGGGCAAGGAAGAAGAUGAAGGAAAUUGUUCCCAACUUAGAUCAAGACGGUAGAGACUUACUAGUGCAACUGCUCCUGUAUGACCCCAGCAGGCGCAUCUCUGCCAAGGCAGCCCUUAGUCACCGGUACUUCUUCUGGAGAAGCCCUCGGAGCCCUGAAGAGCGACGUGUGCUGCAGAGACACUGCAGAUGA